AUGUCGACGACAUGUGCUUGCACCACAGCAAAGAAGGAUCGCCCAGCACCAGGUGAUCUGAAUCGGUACUCGCGCUUGAUAACGCAACCAAAAGAUCAGGGUGCAUCACAGGCAAUGUUGUAUGCCACGCACGGAAUCCAGUCAGAUGAGGAUUUACGACGUGCCAUGGUUGGCGUGGCCAGUGUCUGGUACGAAGGCAACCCAUGCAACGCGCACUUGCUGGGCGUUGGACAGCGAAUUCGAGAUUCUCUCGACAGGGCCGGCCUGACAGGCUACCAAUUUGGCACAGUCGGCGUGUCUGACGGUAUUAGCAUGGGAACCAGUGCCAUGUCGUACUCGCUUCCGAGUCGGGAUCUCAUUGCCGACAGCGUUGAAAGCUGCAUGGGUGGCCAUUGGCUUGAUGGAUGUGUUGUGGUGCCAGGGUGUGACAAGAACAUGCCGGGUGUGCUCAUGGCACUUGGCCGUCUGAAUCGUCCAGGCAUUAUGGUAUAUGGUGGCACGAUUCGCCCUGGCCACUGCGGAUCGAUCACAGGUACACUUGACAUUGUGAGCGCGUUCCAGAGUUACGGACAGUACCUGGCAUCAGGCGGCACGCCCGAUGCCGAAAAGAUCCGCUACGACACUGUACGUCAUGCGUGCCCAGGACCAGGUGCUUGCGGUGGUAUGUACACGGCCAAUACCAUGGCAUCAUGUGCAGAGGUGCUGGGUAUGACACUACCCGGCAGUAGCUCUUUCCCUGCCGAAUACAACGAGAAGAAGGCCGAAUGUGACAGUAUUGGGCCAACGAUGCGCAUGCUGCUUGAGAAGAACAUUCGCCCGCGAGAUAUUAUGACGCGCAGCGCAUUCGAAGAUGCAAUGGUACUUACGAUGGUGCUGGGUGGGUCGACGAAUGCUGUAUUGCACCUGCUCGCCAUGGCCCGAAGCGUGGGCGUAGACCUAUCUAUCGAUGACUUCCAACGCGUGAGUGAUUCAACUCCGUUCCUUGCCAAUCUGAAGCCAAGUGGCCAGUACGUCAUGGAAGACGUACACACCGUACUGGGCGGCAUUCCUUCCGUUGUACACUACUUGAUUGAGAACAAACUCAUGAAAGGUGAGCACAUGACUGUAACGGGUCGAACACUGCGUGAAAACUGUGAGCAAUGGGUUGCAGAGCGCGGUCCCAUGCCCAAGGACCAAGAUGUUCUCCGCCCCAUCGACAAGCCGAUCAAGCGUACAGGCCACAUCCGUGUUCUUUACGGCAACCUAGCUCCCGGUGGUGCUAUUGCCAAGAUCACAGGCAAGGAAGGUCUCGAAUUUACAGGGAAAGCACGCGUAUUUGACACGGAAGAUGACAUGGUGCAUGCUGUCGAGCAAGGGACGAUCAAAAAGGGCGAGAAGACUGUGGUGAUACUUCGCUACAAAGGUCCCAAGGGCGGUCCAGGGAUGCCUGAAAUGCUCAAGCCAACGAGUUUGAUCAUGGGCGCAGGUCUCGGUCACGACGUUGCUUGCCUCACAGACGGCCGCUUUAGCGGCGGUUCGCACGGCUUCGUGAUUGGACAUGUCGUUCCCGAAGCACAAGAGGGUGGGCCGAUUGCCCUUGUGCGGGAUGGCGAUGAAAUCACUAUCGAUGCGGUGAACAACUCGAUCCAGAUCAACAAUGUCUCAGACGAGGAGCUCGCGCAGCGCCGCGCCGCUUGGCAACCCCGGCCUCUUACAGUCAACCAGGGCGGCUUGUAUAAAUACACGCGACUCGUAUCAAACGCAAGUCAGGGCUGUGUGACAGAUGCAUGA